AUGUUCUUGCUUUCAAAAGCUGAUGCAACUGUAUUCCUUAAGAAAUUCCAAUGGGACUUGCAACAUGUUUCAGAACGUUUGAGCGAAAACAAGGAGAAACUAUUGAUGGGAUUAGAUUUUUCAUCAGCUGUAACCGACUCAAACUAUGGUAAUAAAUUAUUCUCUGUGGAGAAAAACCUAGCUAGGCUAACAUUGGAGGCUAGAGACCUUUACGGGGAAUAUGUUGUUAGAUCUUACUUGGAGGAAAACAAGGGUUCGAUGAUCAAACAGUGUCCUGCACCGGGUUUCAGUUACUUCAUUGAGUUUCGCAGGGACAUUGAUGUUGAAGAGUAUGGUUUAAACGUUGCGUGUUUAUGCGGGCAUACAUUUUGUGGGAGAUGCAUCCUUGAGUCACACAGACCUGUGACAUACAACAACACAUCUUAUUGGUUGUCUAGAGACUUAAAGAAGUUAUCAGAGUUGCCACAAAAGUCACUAAGUAUUUCUUGCAUCGAAAGAAACUCCAAGCGUUACCCACAUUGCCAAUUUUCUUUAGAGAUUGAUUCUCGAUCACGAGUUCUCCGGCUUGUGGAAUGUCACUACUACAGUGGUCGUUUAUGUUGGGAGUGUAUGCAGAAAGUGGAAUCCCAUAAAGCGGAAGGAGCCAAUGCAGACUGUGUUAUACCUUUGUUACCACUACUCGUGAACGGGUUUGUUACGUAUCUGGAUCGAUAG